AUGACUGAAUUUCGAAUGCCUCUUCACCAGGGUCCCCCGCCCCGGAAACCCCUACCUCCUCAGCAGAACUACCAAUAUCAGGCCUAUGAUGCCCCGAGAAACCUUGCACCGCACUCGGCCAUACCCCAGACUACACACAGCCGAACCCGCACCACUUCCUCCCAAGUCCUUCCGUACGGCGGCUCUCAGCACUAUCAAAGUGCCCCUCCACAUCCUAUGCCUCAGCAGACGAUGGCCCCUCCUGCGCCGUUCCCCCAGUCGCGACGCCUGUCGAGCACAACUACAUCCACAAACUCCACUGGCAACCCCAUGGCGCACGGUGACGUCGAUAUCCGUCGGAGCGCCUCCAACCGUUCGGCCAACUCUCAGCUCGGAUAUGUAGCCCUCAUGCGGCGACAAAAGGCGACCGUUUGGUGUGAUCGCGCACAACCAGAAGAUGCCAGGAUGCGAGAGCAGGCCCUUCGGGAUAAGAAGAGAGCUUACCUCGAGGUUCACGGCGCCGGCGCCGGCCGAGGAGGCGCUCACGGCAAGAUCAGACACGGCGGCAAGGCUGGUCUGGACUUCUCGCCAUCCAACUUGGUGGGCGCCAAGGUGCCUGUCCGUCUUAGUGCCAAUGAGGUGGGCGACGGCGACGACGACUCUCAUAGCAUUGAAGGUGGCAUGAUGCACCGAAGAACGGGAAGUGGUCGCAGUUCUCUGGGUAGCAACCGGUAUCCCAGUGGUUACCAGCGGCCACAGGGCACCAUGGGUAGCAACAGCACACCUCCAAACGAAAAGUCCGAUCUCCCUGAUGUCUCCGAGAACACCCCUGCCGAAAUUCACGAGGAGAAGAGCCGUGUCUCAUCAUUGGUGAAGGACGAUGCUGCCACAACCCACACAACGAAUAGCAGCGAGCAAGAAGAUGUGGUAGGCGACAUGGAGGCCCCCAGUGCGGCCGUCCAUGCAGCGCAAAAGGCCAGCAAGGCGGACGAGCUACGGCGACGCGGCAGUGUGGAUGAGCGGACAACCUCCAUGACCAACGUGCGGUUAUUCGUGGCUAAUCCCGACCUCAGCGACUGA